AGAAGACCCAGCCACUCCACCUAUCUGCAGCCUGGAUCCUCUGAGAAAAGCCAGCAGGCAACGGGGCAAGCGGGAGCCUCCUCUUUCAGUGCCCCCACCUGCCCUCCCUUCCUUGCCCUUCGGUGCCUGCUGGGAGAGCCAGGGAGGGAGAGAAGACGAUGGAGUCAGGCAGGACGCAGAUAAAGCUUGACCCCAGGUACACGGCAGAUCUUCUGGAGAUACUGAAAACCAAUUACAGCAUCCCCUCUGCCUGCUUCUCAAUCCCUCCCACUGCAACGCAGCUUCUGAGAGCAUUGGGUCCUUUGCAAAUUGCCCUCACAGUCAUCUUGACCUUGCUUGCCCUGGGCUCGAUUGCCAUUUUCCUGGAGGAUGCUGUCUACUUGUACAAGAACACCCGUUGUCCCAUCAAGAGGAGAACUCUGCUCUGGAGCAGUUCUGCACCCACGCAGGUAGUGUCUGUGUUCUGCUGCUUUGGUCUCUGGAUCCCUCGUUCCCUCACACUAGUGGAAAUGGCCAUAAUCUCGUUUUACUCUGUGUGCUUUUAUCUGCUGAUGAUGGCCAUGGUGGAAGGCUUUGGGGGGAAGGAGGCAGUAAUGAGGACACUGAAGGACACCCCAAUGAUGAUCCACACAGGCCCCUGCUGCUGCUGCUGCCCCUGUUGCCCCAAAAUCAUGCUCACCAGGAAAAAGCUUCAGCUGCUGAUGUUGGGCCCAUUCCAGUAUGCCUUCUUCAGGAUAACAACGGGCCUGGCGGGCCUGUUUCUCAUCCCUGAUGGCAUCUAUGACCCAGCAGACAUUUCUGAGAAGAGCACAGCUCUAUGGAUCAACACUCUCCUUGGGGUGUCCACCCUGUUGGCUCUCUGGUCCCUGGGCAUCAUUUUCCGUCAAGCAAGGCUGCACCUGGGUGAGCAGAACAUAGGAGCCAAAUUUGCUCUGUUCCAGGCACUCCUCAUCCUGACUGCCCUGCAGCCAGCCAUCUUCUCAGUCUUGGCCAAUGGCGGGCAGAUUGCUUGUUCACCUCCUUUUUCCUCUAAGAUCAGGUCUCAAGUGAUGAAUUGCCAUCUCCUCAUACUGGAGACUUUUCUGAUAACUGUGCUGACACGAAUGUACUACCGAAGGAAAGACGACAAGGUUGGAUAUGAACCUUUCCCUUCUCCAGACCUGGAUAUGAGCCUCGAAGCCUGAGACAGAUGGCUUGGACAAUGAAAGAGACACUUUACUCAUUAGAUGAGCACAAGAUUUCUUCACUGUCCCUCAACCUUGACCAAACAGGGAAGGAUUCCAUUGUCAGCACAAAAUGGCAGAUUACCUUUGACUAUAGAGAUGAAGAUGAAUUAUGCAAUAGGAUGAAAUUCUGUUGGAUCUUGCCUGGGAAAGGUAUUUUAAGUUUUAUAAUAAAAAAACAGGAUGGGUUUGAAACUCUAUAACUGGGUACACUGCCUCUGUGGGUGCCAUUAUUAGCCCUUAAAGCUUGUAUACUGAAAGGUCACUCUGAGCUUUCCCAAAGAAAAUGAAAGGGGGAAGAGUAUAUGGUAGUUUGUCUGGUAUAAGAACUGGAGUAGAAUUCAGCCAGGCAAAACAGUACAAGCCCCAAGUCUCAAAGAAAGCAGGCUUCUGAAGAACAGAUGGAAGGUGCUCUUUCCCUUACUGAUAUGUCGUUAGGGCACUGAUGACAUUAGACCUGGGAGAUCUGGAUCAGCCUCCAUUUUGGGGACAAUGGCUUUUUGAGUCUUCUAUGCCAAGCUGCAAAAGGAAUCCCCCAAUAAUAUGGUCAUGGAGCUUGAUUUUGAGGAGACAAAUUAGGACGCAAAAGCAAAGGAACUGAGAGUACAGGUAAAAGCCCAAACACAAAACAUAGCACCAUGGAUAGCAGGCCAAAAACACAGGAAAUGAACAUUAGGUAAAACCACUUUGCCUUUAUUUGGCUAAAUGACAAAAGCCAAUAUAACUCUGAACAAAUUAAUAACACUCAGACAGGAAAAUGAUAUACUCAACACCGACUGAGGAAAAUGUCCCUGUGGAUGCCGGCACUGGUGAUGGGGCUAACAUUCACGCCAAGGGCAGCAUUUCUUUCCAAGACUUUUUUUUUUUUCAGGUUCCUCAAUACAAAACAAUCCAAACAAUCAAGUCUCUGUAUUCAAAACAGUCAGUGUCUCCCAAAGAAGGGUGGGAAAGCCCACUUUAUACCUAAAGGAACACAACCUGAGUCAUCCUAAUGUUAAACUUAGCACUUUUGUUUUCUACCCCAAUCUGAGUACUAACAUAAAACUUGAGCAGACAGAAAAUCUUCCUUCUUUCUUUUAAAGAAAAUUAACAAUUAAUAGUAUAAUCCCAAGAACAUGUUCUACUUAUCUGGAAAAAUAGAAGCUAGGAACCACUCUUUAUCCCAUGACAAUCUAUUCUAUGAGAGAAAACAAGAACAAUCAUUGUAUGACUUUGAAAAAUAUAGCCUUUAAACAUACUUAUAUUGGUAAGCUUAAAAAAAAUACCAUUAAUUAAAAACACUGGUAAGGGAGCUUUUUUUUCCUACCUGUAUUGGUUCAGCUUCUGGUGAGAGUGUGUGCUGACAGAAAACAUAGAAGCUAUGGCUUUUAGGAAAUUACAGAAAAGCAGCAAAAUAUAAUUGAUCUGGAAAGAUUUUAGAUAAGGGAUCCGGAACAAGAUUAAAAAGGCAAUGGGGAGGGGGGAAGCUACCCACAAAUCAAGAGAUUCUAAAAAGAGAAUAAUGAAAGCAUUGUGAAAAAUCAUUGUAGAGAGACUAUCCAGAGACUGCCUGACCAGCUGUGUGGUCGCAAGUAAAAUAAGAAAAAUAAGCAACUCAGGUGCUGCCUAAGAAGUUAUCAGUGAUCACAAAAGGUCAAAAGUUCUCUUGACCUCCUUCAUAUUUUUUCUCCUCUUCAGGAUGUUCAACCUCCUCACAUCCCCAACCUUCUUACCCAAGUCUCAGCAAAAUAAUGGUCUUCAGCUCUAGCUAUCAGAAGCAGCUGAAGCAGUACAAACGAUCCAUUUCUAUUCCCCUAAAGCUUCAACCUCUAUUCUUCAGUGCUCCUGAGUCUAGUGUAUGAAAAGAACAAACUUCCUGCCCAGCGCAUCUCAAGGUAACUGCUGAAAUGGCACCUCCUCAGCACCAGAUACAAGGCUUCUGUCUCCAUUCUCCUUCUGUCUUGCAAAGGCUCUGAAGCCAAUCAACUUUUAAGGCUCUCCCAUCUCUGCCACAUUUGGCCUAUUCAGGCUGACUGCUUUGUGCAUGGGGUUCAGAGAAAGAGCUCCACAGCCUCAAAUAUUAAUAUUAGAAGAUUUAUAUAUCAUAGGGACGGUCAUGGUAUGCAAACCUCUAACCUCAUUUAAUUAGGCACAAAUGAUCAAAUAAUGCAUCAUCCCAACAGCUUCUUCCAACCACCCAUCCUUGUCCAGCCCCUAGGCUCACAUUCAUCCCAAAGUACCUAACAUGCCACACCAUAAAAGUUUUGCUUCCAAUCAAAAUUAUUUGAA